AUGAACGUGAAAACCGUGCUCAUCCUCCUCGGUCUGGCGCUGGCCACGAUAUUCGCCUUGGUCUGCGUGUUGCUGACCAGAGGAAGGGCCCCCAGCACCUGCCAGCACCUGCCCCCGGAGCAGGAGGACACCGAGGAUGGCCAGAGCCUGGUCUUUGCUGACCUGACACCCGAGGAGAUGGCGCACGUGGUGCGGUACCUGCAGGGAAACCUCGGGGUGCCGCUGGUCGAUGCCUCGCGCGCCAAACCCUCGGACAACUGCAUCGCCUCCGUGGACCUGCAGGUCCCUGCCAAGGCGGAGGUGCUGCGGUUCCUGGACGGCGGGGGGGCUCGUCCCGCCCGGGAGGCACUGGCCAUGCUGUACUUUGGGAACCAGCCAGACCCCAACGUCACCGAGUACGUGGUGGGUCCCCUGCCAACGCCGGCGUACCACCGGGACGUGACGGUGCGGAAGUACGGGGGGAAGGUGCCGUACCACCGCAGACCGACGCUGGCUGUUGAAUACAGGCAGAUUGGGGAGUUUUUAAAGGCCCAAGUGUUCCCCUCAGCUCCGGCUUUCAUGCGACAGGUAAUGGGCUACGAUGGAGCCAGUCUUGCAGUCCUGACAGCUGCUCCCCGUGGACUCCAGUCUGGAGAUCGGAUCACCUGGUUCGUUUUGUUUCAGAAUGUGAGUGGAUUCUUCUUGCACCCCGUGGGGCUGGAGGUGCUGGUGGAUCACAGCAGCCUGGACAUCUCCCGGUGGGUGGUGAGCAGGGUCUUCUACAAUGGCCAGUACUACAGGGACAUGGUUCAGCUGGAGAGUGCCUACGUGCAGGGCCGUAUCAGCGUGGAGAAGGUGAGGAAGGCGCCGAGGGACGGGGACUUCUCCUCCAUGAAGCCCCGAGCGAAUUCAGCUGCGCUGUUCCCGCUGCAGUACGAGCCGCAGGGUCCUCGCUACAGCGUCAGCAACAACCUCGUCCUCUUCCAGGCCUGGAGCUUUGCCUUUGGGAUGAGCGUGAGCACGGGCCUGCGCCUGUUUGACAUCCGACACAAGGGGGAGAGGGUUGCCUAUGAAAUCAGCGUGCAAGAGGCGCUGUCCGUGUACGGCUCCAACUGCCCGGGAGGGAUGUCCACGCGGUACAUGGAUGGGAGCUUUGGCCUCGGGCGCUACACCUCCCCCCUGGUGAGAGGGGUCGACUGCCCCUACUUAGCAACAUACCUGGAUGUGCACUACCUUGCUAAUUCCCAGGUCCCUAGAAUUACCAAAAAUGCCCUCUGCAUCUUUGAGCAGAACCUGGGCUCCCCUCUGAGGCGCCACUACUCCAACUUGCAGUCUCUCUACUACGGGGGACUGGUCAACUCUGCUCUGGUUGUUCGGUCCAUCACCACCGUGGGGAACUAUGACUAUGUGUGGGACUUCAUCUUCUACCAGAACGGGGCCAUUGAAGGCAAGGUGCAGGCCACAGGGUACCCGAGCUCAUCCUUUCUCCAUGGGGAUGGCCUGAGAUAUGGCAACAGGCUUUGGGAACACACUCUGGGUACGGUGCACACCCACUUCAUCAACUAUAAGGUGGACUUGGACGUGGGAGGUAGGUCUGGAUCUUUUUUUAAUGCCUUCAGUUGUACUGAUAAACCCCAGUGCUUUGGGGUUUGCCUCCUUCUCCGUAGAGUCUCUAAUAACUGA